AUGCCCAACCACAUCACUGCUGGAGCUUUUGCUAGGGCCAGAGCAGCAGAGGUAAGCGCCAUGCUGAAAGCGGCCACCCAGACGAUGGGCAGCAGCCACGUGUUUCAGGCUCUACCCAAGCACAUGAGGCGGCGGGCCACGAGCCACAACACCAAGCGGCUCCCUCGCAGGCUGAGAGACGUGGCCAACAGGAUGAAGAGGAAGAGCCUUCUGGCUGGCUUGAAGAAGAAAAAAGAACCGGUGAAGAGCAAGAGCCGCAAAGCUCGCCGUCGCCACGGGAACCUGCUGAUGGAGUUCAACCGGCGCCAGAGGAAGAACAUUUGGCUGGAGACGCAUAUCUGGCACGCCAAGCGCUUCCACAUGGUGAAAAAGUGGGGCUACUGUCUGGGGGUCAGACCCACAUACAAAUGCUACCGGCCAUGCUACAGAGCCAUGAGCAGCCACUGCCUCCUACAGGAUCUUUCUUAUUACUGCUGCAUUGAGUUGAAGGGGGAGGAAGACAAGCUGCUGGCUGCUCUGACUCAGCUGACAUGCAAGGAGGCUGGAAUGAGUAACUUCAGAGACCUAAGAGGAAGAGCCUUCUGUGGCUUGAAGAAGAAGAAAAAAGAACCGGUGAAGAGCAAGAGAGAUGGAACCAGAUUGCCCACCUCCCCGGUUACCUGGAGGUCCAGCUCAACUGGACUAGUUAUAAACGAUCUCACGAUGGAGAUCAUACGCUAUCGUCUGAUUGGACCACAGUCUCAUUCUGUGCUGGCGGAGACUUUGGAGGCAGCUACAGUCUGUGAUGAACUGAAGUCUUCUCCCCUCUGGUGGCCUGAGCAUUGCAAAGACCGGAGCAACAUGAAGCUCCAUCAGCAACAAACGGAUGUCUUUAAUGUACUGAAAGGUAUCUAUUCAACUGGAGAGCUCCCCCCAGGAACGGUGCUGGGGUUGACCGUGGACGACCCCCGACUGACUCUACCCAGACAGAAGGUUAAAGCCGCACCCUGUGUGAACCAGGACCAAGGUGAUGAGGAGAAGAGGAACCAGUUGAUGUUGCAAGGAGUCCCACUGCAGUGCUGCCAGAGCUUCCUGUGGGAGCGGUCUGUCCGGGAAAACGUCACUGACAACAAGAUAUCUGAGCAGGAGCUGAACAGGAUGAGGAGUGAACUGCUGGUUCCAGGCUCCAGGCUGGGCCCCGGGCCCCAACAGGGCCGGGUCCCCGUCCUCUUGGUUCACCAGCCUGGUAAGCAGGUGGGUGACGAGCUGGGCUCUUGGGGGGCCGGCUGGGACCUGCUGCUUCCUAAAGGCUGGGGGAUGGCCUUCUGGGUCCCGCUGGUGUACAGAGGGGUUCGAGUCGCCGGUCUGCACAUGAGUCUGAAACACUCUCAGAACAAAGCGGCUCCCCACUUUCCCCACGACUAUCCGGACUGCCCCGCAGGAUCCCGCUUUCAGGAGGAGCAGGAGGCUGAGUUCCUGGACACAUUUAGAAGGCAUCCGCCAGCUAAGAGGACCAAUUACAUAAAACAUGGCUGUCUGGCUCCUUUUCGUUGCCCCUGGCAACAGCUGGCAGAGGAGUGGGAGCUCCUGGCGACGGACGGAGGAGCGGACAGGAAAGGAGACGGGCAGACCCAGAUGACCAGGAAGAGCCAUGAAGUGGUUGAGGAAGUGACAUCACAGCAGAAUGUAGCUGCAGCUAGUCCUCCGAGCUGCUUCACUGUUCUGAGGAACAGAAGGUCUCUCAGGCUUCUCUCCAGCUGGUGCAGACCCCCGACAUGCAGAAGACAGAGGUGGGGUCGCGGGGCGGCUGCGGCGGCGCUCCCUCUCAGCGACUCGGCAGUGACGUCUUUCCAUGCCGCUCACAAGAUGAGUGUGGUGUGGGUGCGCCUAACGCUGCUGUCCAAAGGGAAACCAGAAGCCCAUGCCAUGUUGUGCGUGCCGACUGCAGAGGACCUGAAGCUGUUUGGCAAGAGCCCAGAAAGCUGUGGCCCUCAGGAGCCCCCCCACAAAGACCACUAUAAAAGUAGAAUUAACCGCAAGAAGAAGAGCGCCAAGACAGCAACUCCAUCACAAGAAUCAGACCACCAAACUGCAUCCACAGACCUCCAUUCGCCCUCUGACCUCAUCCUGGGGCUCUGGCCGGACCCUCUGCCGAGCGUGGCGUCUCACUGCUCCCGGGUGACGCUGGGCUGGGUCACCCAGGGGGACUUCUCCCUGUCUGUGGGGCGUGGGGAGGCUCUGGGCUUCGUCAGCGUCUCCGGUCUGCUCCACACGCUCCUCAAGCAGCCGCCGGAGCUCAGAGGAACGCUGCUGCUGCGCAACCCCGCCUCCCUGCACUACCGCUUCGUCAGGGUCAACAUCGACGUAUGACUUCCAACGGCCGGACCUGAACAGAACCGAACCCCCCCCCUUAUAAGAAAAAAGUGCAGCGCACUAUUCACAUAGUGCAGCAGCAGGUGACUGAAUGGCUGGUGAAAAUUGUGCCUUCAGAGAGCAUGACUGUGUGUAUUGCACACCAGCAGUAUCCUUAUCAGAAAUCCUUGUCUAUGCAGAUCAUGAGAUGAAAACUGAAAAUGGAAGAAACGUGUUUUAGUUACUCGGGUCUCAUUUCUGGGUUCUUUGAAAGAAAUCUGAUCCCAUCUGCAUCCUUUGUUGAUUAAAGUGUUUUAUGUUGAAGAAAAUAAUAAUAACCAACUGCAGCUGUUGGUUGGAAUAAAUGCCAAUAAAAAAAAUUAAUAACGUAUCUGUGUAUCUUAAAGUUUUAAAGACUUGAUUACGUUUUUAAAUACGUUACUCAAAUGUCGUAAAUGUUGUCGUGGCAGGACUAUUUUAAUCUCUUAUUUCCUAUGUCAUUUUUAUUUUAUUUCUCCUCACAGGACUUUUCUUUCAGGCAAAAGCUUGAGUCAUGCAUGUUCUGUGACUCGAGGCAUUUCAGGCUACCGCUAACUAGCCAAUACACCCUAGCUACCAUUUAGCUAGCUAUUCUGUAUCUAUUACGGUCAAGUGCAAAUUAUUGCUGGUUGGUUAGACGACGUUCAUCUUCGCUUCUGGGUCACUUGACAACCCGUUUGAUGCUACGAGUAUCCUGAGGAGGGAAAAAAAAAGCUUGGCACUACGAGGAUACAGCUGUAGAGAGAAUAGGCAAAAUAUGUAAUUAUCUUCUGUAUAUUUCUGUUGUGACUCGACUUAAAUUUGCGUUGGUGCAAUCUGCAAAAACCCUGAAUAAAUUUGACAACGAUGUUUCAACAUUACAUCCCAAAAUCCAAGAAGAACGCCGUCGAAAGUCUUGUGAUGAGACGCGUAGCAGAAGGUGAUGAUCUGGUCAGAGGAAGCUUAAAGCUGAAGGGUU